AUGAUGGACUGCUCCAGGUUCCGGGCUGAAGCUCCUUCUGAGGAGCCCAGCGCCAAGCUGUUCUGCUGCGGCUGUGUGAGACGCUACAUUCCUCUGGUUUACAGAGAGGAGAUCUACCACAUACUGCGCAUGACUGGACCCCUGCUUGUGUGCCGGUUCCUGAACUUCCUCCUUUUCUUCGUGGUCACAAUGUUCUGUGGGCGUCUGGGGAACACUGAGCUGGCAGGCUACGGCAUGGCUUCAGCAACAAUAAAUGUAACUACGGCAGCUACAGGAUUUGGACUAGCUUUAGCGUGUGAUACGCUGGUCUCACAGACGUUUGGGAGUAAGAAUCCUCUUCAUGUGGGGGUCAUCCUGCAGAGGGGAGUCCUGAUCCUGCUGCUUUUCUGUCUGCCAUGCUGGGCUCUGCUCAUCAACACCCAGCCCCUUCUCCUCUUGGUGGGGCAAGACCCUGAGGUGGCCAGGAUAGCACAGAUUUAUGUUGUUGCUUACAUUCCGGCUGUUCCAGCCAUGUUCCUGUACCAGCUGCAGCUGUCUUACCUGCAAAACCAGGGUGUGAUCAUACCUCAAAUGUAUGCAUCUGUGGUGGCCAAUAUCGUGAACGCUCUAGCUAACUAUGUUUUGCUCUUUUGGUGGGACCUCGGAGUACAUGGUUCUGCAGCAGCCAACAGUUUUGCUCAGAUCUUCAGCUGCAUUGCGUUGUUUACAUACAUUCGGAUAAAGAAACUCCAUGUAAAGACAUGGGGAGGCUGGUCAUCAGAGUCACUGCAGGAUUGGGGGGCUUACAUGAAGCUGGCUAUUCCUAGCACACUAAUGGCUUGCUUUGAAUGGUGGAUCUAUGAGGUUGGGGGAUUCUUAGCAGGAAUGCUGGGAGAGGUUGACCUGGCAGCUCAGCACGUGGUCAUAAUGCUGGCUUACAUAAACUACAUGAUUCCAUUAGGUUUGCAAGGUGCAGCAUGUGUGCGUGUGGGUAACGCACUAGGAGCUGGGAACACUGCCGGAGCCAUUCACACUAGCAAGGUUUCUCUCAUCUUAGCAGCUAUACUGGCAAUCCUUCAGGGCAUUGUGCUCGCCUCUACAAAAACAGUCAUUGCCUUCAUUUUUACCUCAGAUGAGAGCAUAGCAGAGUUGGUCUCUGAACUCAUGGGUAUCUACUGCCCUCUUCAGUUCUUUAAUGGAAUAUUGUGUGUUGGAAUGGGCAUUCUUUUGGGCACUGGGCAGCAGAAGAUAGCAGCUAUUGCCAACCUGCUUGGAUACUACCUAAUAGGACUUCCUCUCAGCAUCAUUCUGACCUUUCCAGCUAAGCUGCAAGUUGCUGGCUUCUGGUUGGGCCUCCUUGUUGCUGUCUUUUUGCUAGCAAUCUAUUUCAUAGUCAUCAUCUUCAGACUAAACUGGAAGAAAAUGACUGAGGAGGCUAUUAAGCGUGCUGGAAUGGGGAAGACUGUAAUCCAUUCCGACUUUAGAUCCAGCCAUCGCCUCUCUGAUAGCUUUUUUCUUGCAGUCACAAAUGGAGAGAAUGGGAAUGUCUAUCAGAUUGUGAGCUCUCGAGACCAGACCGAGGAAAGAAGUCCUCCAGUAGCUCAAGAAAGACAGGGAGUGAGACAAGAAGAAGAAAAGAGUUCUGCAGCACCAAAGCUGUCCACCUCUCAGCUUAUGAUCAGGAGAGGCCUGACCACUCUGACUGCUGUUCUGAUCCUGGCUGUUGGGACAGUCGUACAUCUUACUGUUCCUCUGCCUGAGGAGGCCUUCAUUACCAACAGCACUAUGGACUGGGAGAACUUCACUUCACCUGCUCCACUCACCACACAAACAUUGUCCUUUUGAGCCUGAUGGACCAAGGACUGGAACACAACUUGAUCUGAUUUUUUUAACUGAUCUAUGCAUAUUGGUACACCGAUUAGCCGUAACAUUACAGCUCUGCCUGGCAAAGACAAACACAUUGAUUAUCUUCACCUAUAGUGGCACCUGUCAAGGGCAGAAAGUAAAAAGUCAGUUAGUGUAGGUGAUGCAUUAGAAGCUGGACAAUUGGCAAGCUUUAGGAUCUGAGCCAGGGCUAGGCAAUUGGGUCAGAGAAUGUCCAAAAUGGUCUAAAACAAUCAGUUGGAUCUUGUGAGAUGCAUACCAAAUACGAAAAGGACAGUGGAUGAACUGGUAACUUCAAAAGUUACAGGACUUAAAAUAUCUUCUAAUAAUGUCUUCAGUGGUUAUGUGGGUUCAAGGUCUUGAUUGGUCAGGUCUGUUGUGGUGGAACAAAGGGAGCAACAUAAUUCACAUUAGGUUAAUGCACUAUAAUAUUAGUGCUAAUGUUAUGAUUGAUCAGUGUAUACUUAGUAUACUGAGCAUAAUGUAUUGGACUUUAUUGGGAUAAGAUUUUACAUGUUGACCACAGAUAUGUCUGUAUAUUGGUGAGGUGGCAGUCUUAUAGUACAUUAUACACACUGUAUAUUGUAUUCCAGUAAUAUAAAACUGGACCAAACUUCCUAUUUGUAAUUGAGAAAAGAGGUAAACACAUGCCUGGUAGAACCUUUGGUUAGUUCUUGUAGUAAAUCAAUGUAGCACUGAAACAUCUCAUCUCUGUAUUAAAACUGGGAUAAACUGGUCAGAUGUUUAAAGAAUGUUUUCACUAUAAGGAAAUGUACAGGGGUUGGACAAUGAAACUGAAACACCUGUCAUUUUAGUGUGAGAGGUUUCUUGGCUAAAUUGGACCAGCCUGGUAGCCAAUCUUUAUGAACUGCACAUUGCACAAGUAAGAGCAGGGUGUAAAGGUUCAAUUAUGGGUGACAUACCAGAGUUCAAAAGAGGAUAAACUGUUGGUGUCUUGCUGGCGCAUCUGUGACCAAGCCAGCAAGUCUUUGUGAUGUAUCAAGAGCCACGGUAUCCAGGGUAAUGUCAGCAUACCACCAAGAAGCACGAACCACAUCCAACAGGAUUAACUGUGGACACAAGAGGAAGCUGUCUGAAGGGGAUGUUCGGGUGCUAACCCGGAUUGUAUCCAAAAAACAUAAAACCACGGCUGCCCGAAUCACGGCAGAAUUCAAUGUGCACCUCAACUCUCCUGUUUCCACCAGAACUGUCCGUUGGGACAAUAAAUUAUUGUGGUCUAAAACCAGUUGUUUCAGUUUCAUUGUCCAAUCCCUGUACAUUACAAAAUAUAUGUGUUUAUUGGCUCUAAAUAAUUAAGUUCCUUUAUGUAGGUAGCAAGGUUAAAAAAAAAAUUAUUGACUUUAACAUUGUAUGCUCAUACAGUCUCUUGUCUAAUCUUAUCCAUAAAUACAAACGUCUAUAAAUACCCUAAAGGGUAGGAUGCCCUCUGAGGUUCGGCACUCUUCGGAGAUUUCAGGGCAACUGGCUCCACCCCUACUUGGGUCCAUGUUCUCCUGAGCCCAAUCACACAGCUCUGGCCAUCAGCAUUAGUGUCCUUCUGCUCUCUACCUGUUCAGAAUCACAUAUAUGACAAGACCACCAGCUGGUCUCUGUACAAAUAAAUUGUGAGGUGCACCUCCAGGUA